AACGAAUUAGCAGUCUUUUUACGAGAUUGGAGGACGUCAAUCUCAAUUUGGAAUCGAUGGAUACUUCAGAGACCGCUGAGGGAUCGAAAAUCGAGUCAAGGUGUCAAAGAAUACUAACUGACAUUCGUGAACGUCGUGAGGCGCUGAAGCAUCAUUGUAACUCAUCGGCGAGUGACUCCGGAUCGACGCAAGAGCACCAGCAUAAACCGAAUCUUCCCAAGAUAUCGUUGCCCAAGUUCAGUGGAAGUUAUGGAGACUGGCUGUCGUUCAAGGAUUUAUACGUCACUAUGGUACACGGAAAUGAAGAUUUAAGUCCCGUGCAGAAGUUCUAUUACUUGAAGUCGUGUUUGGUCGGCGAAGCUGCCUCUUUGGUUACGACUUUGGAAUGUACGAACGAAAACUACGUGAAGGCAUGGUCUGCGAUUACAUCAAGAUAUGACAAUAAGCAGCGCUGCCAAGCAUUAGAUAUGCUAUGCCGUGAUGAAGCAGUGAGCACUACAAAGGUCGUGCCUCCGGCAAAGAGCACUAGUCAUGUGACUGUUGGCAGCGGCAGAAGUGCAAAUGGAGAAAAGGUGCGAACAGAGCUACCUUGAUUCUGUGUCCAGGGAUGAAGAAGGAAGGUAUCAUGUCGAUUUGCCAAUAAACAAAGAACUUCUACUAAAACUAGGCAAAUUCGAGUGAAACCUCAGUAUCAAGCACUUCAGCGCAUCCUGUGGAGAGAUGAUCCAUCGCAUGAUAUACAGUGUCUUCAGCUGGAUACUGUUACAUAUGGAACAGCAUCAGCCAGUUACCUUGCUACACGGACAUUGGUGAAAUUGGUUGAGGAUGAAGGUGAUAAUUUUCCAUCUGCUUCUAAGGCAUUACUUCAAAGUACCUUCGUUGAUGACAUUUUGCAUGGCGAGACUGAUCUUUCUUCUGCAUUAAAUACCAUAUAU